AUCGUAUUUUCAAAAUCUCUGAAUCAUCGGUAGUAUUCAUAUUUUUUACUCAGAAUUUCCAUUUUGCUAGUUUGAACAAAGUGUUCCCACAAAUUAGUAUUAUCUGGAAAUCAACAUCACAAAGGUUUCGAAUUUGCUUGCAUAAAUGUCACAAGUGAUACCUUAAUUGCAGAGGAAAUUGGAACAAUAUUCAGAGACAGAGAGAAAAGUGCUCAUAUGGAAGAUAAGAAAUACAUCCAAAACUUGGAAAAAGAGCUGCUGAAUUGUUCUCAAGAAAUAGAUUAUCUUCAGGAUCAACUUAGUACAAAAAACACAGAAGUGAACUAUCUAGAAGAGCGUGUUCGUGUUCUUGAAUUGAAAUUUAAAGAGACUGAAGAUUUACGAAAACAAGUUUUCAGCUUAAGGGAGGAGCUGAAAAUAUCCAAUUCAGAGCAGUUUACCUUGAUUCAGGAACUAGAGACUAAAGAAGUGGAAUUAGAGCAGUCAGGUUUGUCUAUAGAGAGACUGGAUGAAUCAUUUUCGUCAAUGGCAUUAGAGUCUCAGUUUGAAGUCGAGAGUAUGAAGCUCGAAAUGAUGGCCUUGGAACAGAAUUUAUUCGAGGCCAAGAAGAUUCAGGAUGAAACUCUAGAAGAAAAUAGUAGAAUGAGUAGAUUGAUUGACGAGUUACAGGAUGCAUUGCAAGAUGCACAUAAAACCAUCAUCUCUCUGAAUGAAGAAAAUAAAAUAAUUAAAGAGAAGCUUGACACUGCCAACAUGAGUAGUAUAUUAUUUUCUCAAAAGGUUGAAGAAUGGCUGGAAAACAAGGAUAGACCGCAAAUCAAGGAUCAGUUUCCUGUGAGCAAAGAAAGGAGCAAAGCAUAUGACACAAGAAUUUAUGGAGAAAUAUUGGGUCCACUCCUUGGUAUUUUGGCAAUGAAAUUAGAUCCAGCAUCAGAAUUAAAAGGGAAGAUAGAGAUGUCCUGUCAGAUCCAAGAAUAUGAGUUUCUUGUGGAGAAACUCAAGGAAGAAUUAAGAGUGGAAAAGUUGAGGGCAAAAGAAGAAGCAGAGGACUUAGUUCAGGAAAUGGCAGAGCUGAGAUACCAACUUACAGGUCUGCUAGAAGAAGAACGUAAGCGCCGUGCUUGCAUUGAACAUGUGUCCUUGCAAAGAAUUGCUGAGUUAGAGGCUCGGCUUCAACGAGAGCAUAAAAACCCAUGACUUCUGUCAGAUAUCCCUUUGAAACAUAGAGGCUGUCAUUGGUCUAAGUCUUUCUGAAUUGGCUUAAAGAAUGGAUCUUCAAGGUUUGUGUCAAUGUAUCUCUAAAGCUACAAUCUCAACAUAAAAAUAGCUUGCUAACUAGAAACCACCGGUGUCUACAAAGUGGAAUGAUCGAACUCACAAUUCUUGUUAGAUUGAGUUCAAAGUCCAGCAUAUAAUUCUUAUCUCGUGUUUUUCUCAGCCAUGUGGUUUAGAUCAGUGACCUUUGUGGCUUUGACCCGGUUCUCUUGUAUUCUAUAGGGUGAGUGUAGUGGUUCUGGGUCCUUAUAGCUGCAUACUACGCAGUACUUGUGAGUUUAUCUUUCUCCUCUAUUAAAAUAACUCCUCUCUAGUCUGACCAUGCUCUGCCGCAAAUUCCGGCUUUCUGCUGAGGCUCUGACCAGGAACAAGUCGAGGAGCAGAACUUCUAACAUCUAAUUUUAUGGAGAAAAGAAAAUAACGGAAGUUUGUAACAAUGGCCAGAACAUAGUACCAUGAUGAUGCAUUAGGUUCCUUCCCUCUGUUUCAGUUGUUAAAAAAUUGGAGUUUGCCCCAUCUUUAAUUCAAAAGUGCUGAAAUUUUCUUCAUUGCCGGUUUCUAGAACAUAUGUGUACUAUCAAUCUUGCACUUUCCUUUAUGACUCUUGUGAAGUGUUUCACAAAUCCAAUUCCACUAAUUUGAACUGCUAUUCUUUGGCAGGGGUUGUAGUUUGCAAAUGCAUCCAUAGAAAGAAAAUUGAUAUAUUCUGGACAGUGUUUUUUCUUGUUCCUUGGUGUCAGCUUCUAUUGAAGCCAAAAGAAGCGAACUGCAUAACAGAUCAUUGCAUGACACCAAUUCCACCUUUCACCAUCACCACUUUUGUAUGACAUCCUCAACCACCUCUUGACACUCUAUUGUUGUUGUUCUUGUUGUUGUUUGACGCCCUCCGUCUCAAGGGCUAAAAUAUAUGUUAAGUCCAAACAAAUUUUGAAAGGAUGCCUUUUAAAUUAAUUGAAAUAAUUAUUAUGAUGAUUA